UUACAUCCGGUUCGUGGCUGGCUUUCCCCGCCUAUGUCGCUUGUGAAUUUUGAUUUAACUUUUUUUUUCGAUUCGCGUUUCCCUUGAACGUGGAGAAAAUGAGCUUCUUGCUGCCAAAGUUACAAACUAAGAAAGACGUUGACCACGUUAUAAAGACCGUAGCAGAGAGGGUACUGGUUCUGCGUUUCGGUCGUGAUCAGGACCCAGUGUGUUUACAACUGGAUGAAAUUCUUUCAAAAACUGCUCAUGACCUGAGUAAAAUGGCAGCUAUUUACCUGGUGGAUGUUGACAGUGUGCCUAUAUACACUCGCUACUUUGACAUCAGUUACAUUCCUUCCACAGUUUUUUUCUUCAAUGGCCAACAUAUGAAGGUGGACUAUGGGUCUCCAGAUCAUACAAAGUUUAUUGGGUGUUUCAAAACAAAGCAAGACUUCAUAGAUUUAAUUGAAGUAAUAUUCCGAGGAGCAAUGCGAGGAAAGCUAAUAGUACACAGCCCUAUUGAUCCAAGGAAUGUCCCAAAGUAUGACCUUCUUUAUCAUGGCAUCUAAAUGGAUUGACAGUGUGCUGUGUUUUGCAAAUACUUGAACAGAAUGCAAUUUCAAGACAUCAACUGUCCAGUUGUUGAAGAGUAUUGAGAUUUGAUGCAAAGUGGAUAGUCCACAACAUGAAUUGAUGAGAAAUUUCUUGUAAGAAUCAUGAUGAAUGGACUCCACACGAAGAGUUAUGCUCCCCUAUUGUGUAAAAUUUCAGUUUUCUGCAGCUGCAAAUCUCCGCUCAUUGGCAGGUCUGCCACCACAAACUUGCCUUAAAGAUUAGCUUUGGAAAAUUACUUUAUUUCACUGACAAUUGGUGUUUUCCCAAUUAGCACUUGACAGGAAUUCUCGGGACAGGAGAUUUUCCAAGCUUUUUAUUUAAAAAUAUAUAUCUAAGAAAUAAACCCUGUAUAUGGAAAAGAAGUCAUAAUUUCAAUGGGAAGGAGAAAUACGGUUUCUUCACUUACACAUCAUUCCCAUGCUAAGGUGGUAGGUUUCUAACCCACAUGUAAGCUCAUGCUCCUUGGUGAAUGAAAAAAAAACACAAUCUCCAAGUUUUCCUAUGGAGCAGAAGUACUUACUGCUGGAAGGUGGCUUGAACCCACAUUCUAGCACGCCAUACACAGUUCUAAUGUAUGGAUAUAAAGUGUCAACAGACACGCCAACUGGUGGUGGUUUUCUCCCCUCAAUGUUAUUUUACUGUCCCGAAUAAGGUUGCUCAUACAGACAUGUGGUUCAGGAUGUAAUUUUGUGAUGCAUUGAGAAGAUGACUAAUCAAGUGCGAUCCUACUGUUUCCAAAUUAUUUAAUCAGCAGAGGCACAAUGUUCUAACCUAAUCUUGUCCUCACACACCUGUCUCUUUGUAUGACACAUGCAUAUGUUCUAUCACUAAGUCAUGAACAACAAUUUGGUGCUUCCUUCAGACUGUAGAUGGGGCAAGGUGUAAAACCCCUUACCACUGAGCCAGCUGGUUUCAGUUAACUCAACAUAGAUCAGAGAAGAUUUUGUUUGCCAGGUAUGCAGCAAUUGGAGCACAAUGAUCUUUGUUCACCUUGCGUGCAAUUAAAAUGUAUUCCAUAAUUUU